AUGUCAGAAGACAUGAAUCUGUCUGUAAAUGGUCAGUCUCAGGUUCCUCCAGGCUUUAGAUUCCACCCAACAGAAGAGGAGCUUCUGCACUACUACUUGAGGAAGAAAGUGGCUUAUCAGAAGAUAGAUCUUAAUGUCAUUCGCGAUGUCGAUCUUAACAAGCUCGAACCAUGGGAUAUUCAAGAAAAGUGCAAAAUAGGAUCCACGCCACAAAAUGAUUGGCUAGACGACAACACUCAUGACGCCACUGCCUCUAAUUUGUUGGGAGAGUCCACGCAAGAAGAUGGCUGGGUCGUUUGCCGUGUUUUCAGAAAGAAAAAUUAUCACAGGUCCUUAGAGAGUCCCCAAAGCUCAUCGAUGAUCUCUAGAGAUUCAAGAACGCAGCUGCACAACUCGAGCAACGAUUGUGUCCUCGAUCGUAUCAUUCAUUACAUGGGAAAGUCUUGCACACAGCCACAUGAAACAGCCAGCAAUAUGAAUAGUGACAACAACAUUCAUCACUUUGCAAAUCCAAUCAACACAGCCAUCAGCGAUGGAGUUAACCCUAGAUUUUUGCAUCUUCCACGACUUGAGAGUCCGACCAUUCCAUCACUUCCCUACAACAACUCACACUUCAAUCAGGAUGGCAGUAACGCCUGUGGGCAUUCAGUCGACGAUAUGCUCGAAGAGACUGAACCCUCCUACACCAUCCAGGGCAAUGAUUCCAACAUGGACAUGGUUGAUGACCCUAAGGAUGGGUUGAGUAACUGGGCACUUGACCAUCUGGUGGCCUCACAGCUCAAUGGUGAAGUGGAGACAUCAAAGCAACAGUCCCUCUAUGGUGACCCCAACGAGGACUUCUGUAUUACUCUUGAUCAUUAUGUACAAUCACCACACCCACGUCUCAAUAGACCACAACAAGUCUCCCAAAUCUAUAGCAGCGAGAUAGAUCUGUGGAGUUUUGCUCGAUCAUCGUCGUCAUCAUCGUCUGACCCCUUGUUCCACUUGUCGGUAUAAAAGCCGUACUUUUAA